GAGCUUGGAGAUGAUUUGGGGUGGUUAAUGUUCAAUAGGGAACGUGUCUAGGUCGGUGACGUGCGUGUAGGCCCGUUUGAAUUGUUUGGAAUUUCACGAGUUCUGCUGGUAGAUGAUAAUUUUAUAGCUGCGUGUGUUGAGGGUGAGUAGACGUCAAGCUUUGAUGUGGAAAGUCUGGAGCUUGGAAAUGAACAGAAUUUCAUUUUGAAACAAGCUAUAUCAUUUGCUAUCUCUGUUAAUCUUACUUUUGAUGGUGUGCUUGUUACUCUGGGUGAGCACGGUGACUGUAACCGAUGGAGUAAGCUCACUGGGUUGUGUGUUGUGAUGUGUAAAUUUAUUAAGACUGGAUUUAACAUUUAAUUCCUUUACCUGGGUCUGUGUUUGCUGUGGUGGGAAGACAAGGUGGCAUUAAGACACUUCAAAGCUGUACAUUCUAAACAAUAGGGAAACCGUCAUUCAUAAAUGACAAUGAAAAGGCCAAAGUAUUUACGAACUAGAACAUUGAACUCUGUAUUGUUGAUUUCCCUCAGAUGCUUGGUCAAAGAAUUUGUUUGAAAGUACACCUGAAGUUAGUUGAUUUAUGGUUGCAUAGUGAGAUCUGCCUAGUUCUUACCUCUCUCGAGGUUGCUAAAACUUUUCCUGUAGACUGAACACUGAGGUCUCAACUCUGACUGUCAAAUAACAAGGCACUCAUUUUGCUGCACUGGUCAUGUAAGGGUAAGAAGUCCAUGGUGGCAAAGAUGAGAAUAAUGUCAAAGGAGUUGGUCGAGGCUUUUCGUUUCAUUUGUACAGUAGACUUCUGGAUAAUGGCAGUACUUUGGACGUUCUCUUUGCUGGCCUCAUACUGGCAAUUCUUCAGCCAUGGUCUUUUUGGUCGAAUUGUUUCAUUCCCUCGAAAUGCCAACAUAGAAGUUCCUCUGAGACCUCUCUGCAUUAUCACUGGCGCUACAUCUGGUUUGGGUGCAGCGGCUGCUUAUGCUCUUUCAAAAGAAGGUUUCAUUGUUGUCCUUGUUGGACGGUCUGCUCACAGGUUGUCAGAGAGAGUGGCAGAGAUUUGUAAACACAAUAAGGAUGCCCAUCUUAAAGCUUUUCAAGCUGAUAUAUCAUCUAUCGAGUCAAUCUUACACUUCAGAUGCUCCCUUGAGCAAUGGCUGUUGGAAUCAAAUAUGCAUGCCUCAGUCCAGCUUCUGAUAAAUAAUGCUGGAAUGUUGGCAACAUCCUGCAGAAUUACAGCUGAAGGCUUCGAUGAGAUGAUGGCAACGAACUACAUGGGACCAUUCUUUUUGACAAAGCAUUUAUUACCACUUCUCAGAAACAGCCCUGUUCCAUCUCGGAUAGUCAAUGUCACGUCCUUUACACAUCGAAGCGUAUGUGGUGUGACGUUUGACAAGGAAAGUGUUAUUGGGAAGAGUUCCUUCAGGAUGAAACAGUAUCCAUGUGCACAGAUCUAUGGUUAUUCAAAAUUAUGCCUUCUGCUGUUCUCAUAUGAACUUCAUCGACGCCUUCGCUUGGAAAGCUCCUGUCAUGUUUCCAUUCUUGCUGUGGAUCCUGGAGUAGUGAAAACCAGUAUCAUGCGAGAAGUUCCCCCUUACCUUUCCUACACAGCUUUUGCAUUUUUAACUGCAAUGGGUCUUUUGGAUUCACCUGAAGGUGCGGUCAACUCAGUUCUGGAUGCAGCCCUUGCCCCUCCUGAAAUUUCUGGUGUGUAUUUCUUUGGUGGGAAGGGCCGGACUAUCAACUCUUCUUCAGUUUCGUACGACACCGGACUUGCCAGAGAAUUGUGGGCCACUUCAUGCGAUUUGUUUCUGGAGGCACAGCUAUCUGCUAAAAGCAUUUCCAGCUCAGUACAAAGAUGAGCAUAGGGAACACGUCUUCUUGCAAAUAGUGCCUGUCCGUUUAGAGUUUUCAAACUUCUAACAAAGCUAGCCAGAGCAUGACCAUUGAUCUGCGUUAACAGAGUAAUGCAAGUGCAACGUGAUCCUCUAGUUUCAGAUAAAUAUUUAGUAGCAGAUUUUUCCCUUAGUUGUUGAUAUGCCAUCAUUGAUCCGAUCCAGAUGUUGGCUCUGUAGAUUUUCCUUCUGUUUGGCAUCUGACACUUUAGUAGCUUAAACUUUUAAUGAUUUGCUUCUAAGGCUUCGAACAAUUAAUUGAGUUCAUCAAUAACUUAUGGCAGGUUGUUCUUGAUCCUCCACAGCUUUAUGGAUUGGUUUUGUUCUUCUUA